AUGAUUCUGGGCGGCAAGUUCCUCACGGGCGAGCAGGCUGCGCCGGUGCUAAAGAACAGCGGUCUUCGCGAUGACCAACUGGAGCGGGUCUGGGACCUUGCCGACGUCGACAACGAUGGCAACCUCGACUUUGAGGAGUUUUGCGUCGCUAUGAGGCUCAUCUUCGACGUUCUCAAUGGGGAAUACGCAGAUGUCCCCUCAACGCUACCGGACUGGAUGGUGCCAGAGUCCAAAUCGCAUCUCGUCCAAGCUACUCGCGCGAUCACCGGGAAGCAAGUUCAGUUCGAAAGGGUCGAGGAUGAACCUGACUCGCCCGGUCUCAAGGACGGCUUCGACUGGUACAUGAAGCCGGCCGACAAAUCCAAAUACGAGCAAAUCUACCAGGAGAGUAGAGAUAUGCGCGGAGAGGUGUCCUUCAAUUCCUUUGAGGAUCUCUACGAGUCCCUCGACGUGCCCGAUACCGACCGCAACAAUAUCGACUACCAAGUCGAUAACCAGCGCACUACCGCGGCGUCUCGCUGGGCGACCAAGGCCGACGACAGCACGUCUACAGGCCGCAAAGCCAAAUUCGGCGAGCAGUAUCUCACCCGAUUGGGCCACUCGGGCUUCAAGACGGCAGGGACAGAUUUCUCCACCGAAAAGACGGAAGACUGGGAGGAAGUGAGGCUAAAGAGGCAGCUUCAGGACCUCGAGGAGAAGAUACAAAAAGUGGAAUCAGAUGUGGAGAGGAAGAAGGGUGGCAAGCGCGACUCCAAGCCCGCGCUUGUCAAAAGGGAGCUUGAGCAGCUCUUGGACUAUAAGAGGAAGCAGCUCAGAGAUCUCGAGGAAGGAAAUGCGCAAGGCAGCGGUGGUGGCUCCAGUCUCAAGUCUGUUUCGGACGACCUGCAGACCAUUCGCGAGCAAGUGGACGGGCUAGAGAGCCACCUUCAAUCGAGGCAAUCGGUCCUAGAGCAGCUAAGGCGGGAGAUUGAGGACGAGAAGGCGAGCAGAUGA